UAUAAAGACAGCAUCAUGUUUCAGGAUCUGUUGGCAAAUGGUAGACUUGAUAUGUCCUUACAGGCAUUGCCUGGAUAAUUGUCAAUAAACACCAGUUCUGGGAAUGACUAUGAAAUCCUCCAGACCCGGCAUUUGGGCGCAGAUCCCCAAGCCCUUCUUCAAGGCUAUUAUUCCACCUUUCGUGCUCCUGCAGGUUAUCUUUCUUGCAAACCUCAGCUACCUUUAUGGCACUCAGUAUCGGAGCGCACAUCGGUAUGACAGUUUUCAUGUGCUGUAUGUGGACUACGAUGGAGGCGUCGUGGGCCAGUCGUUGCUGGGAGCCUACAACAUCCUGAAAGGAAACGACUUCCCCACACUCAUUGAGCACCCUGUCAGCGAUUAUCCAACACCUCACGAUGUCCGUCAGGCGGUUUGCAAGGGCCACUUCUGGGCCGCGGCUUACACCUCCCCCAAUGCUUCUUCCCGACUGGAAGCUGCACUCAGUGACGAAAAGACCGCUCUCUCAUACAAUAACAGUGAUGCAAUGGGAUAUGUCUGGAAUGGGGCUAGGUAUUCUGCAUUUUCAAUGGGUGCAAUUUACUCCAGUCUCCAGAGUCUCAUCCAGGUCACUCGUGUUGUGUACAAUGAACUCAACGGCACGUCCGCUGCCGGCUGGAUCGACUCGUCGAAACCCGCAAUUGUUCGGGCGCUUUUGAACCCCAUUUCCGCCACGGAAAUCAACAUAAAACCUACCACUCAAGGUGCACGGGUCUUAUACAAUACUGUGUCAAUGGUAAUGCCAAUACUUCCGCAAUUCUUUUAUAUGAUGGCGCUCAAUGGCAUAUCGACUGGUUUUCAGCUCUUUACCAAAUUGAAACCGCAGACAAUUGGACAAAUGCGCAUUGGGAUCUCUCUCCUAUACACCUUUAUUGCGGCAUUAUGCAUGUCUGGAUAUAUCUGGGCUUUCCAGGAAGAUUGGAAUCUCAGUGGAGCGCAGUUUGUGCUGACAUGGGUCACCAAUUGGUUACUUAUGCAUAUCAAUUUUCUCAUCAUGGAGGUUGCGACGGCCUUCAUACCAUUGCCUUUUCUUCCUUUCUUCGUCCUCACGUGGAUUAUACUGAAUGUAUCCAGCACCAUCGCGCCAUUUGAGCUUAGUCCUGGUUUUUACCGAUGGGGCUAUUCAUUACCUGCUCAUGAGGCAUAUCAGGUUCUGGUACAAAUUUGGACAGGCGGUUGUGAUAACCAGUUGUAUCGCGCAUUGCCUAUUCUUUUCUCCUGGUGGGUGGCCUCACUUGCCGCGGCUAUCUUUGCGGUGCAUCACCGAUGUGCAAGUGCUGUCAAAGAAGAACGCGCUGCUGGCGUAAGCAAUUCUACACGAGAGGAAGCUAGUACUCAUGACACCCUAUGUGUAUCAUCCUCCAAUGCACUCGACGAGCCUAAGGCACCUGCAACUGAAUGACACUCCGCCCGCUGAGCUCUUUCAACAUGCGGACUCCGAAACCCAUGUUCCCGGCCCGUGAUAUUGCCGUCCAUUUGUCCCCAGCAUUACUCUGGCAUUUCGGGGUUCCACUUUUCAUAUAGCGAACUCUUUCUUAUUUUUGUGUCAAAAGCUGUGGAAUCCGUUCGAUAUCUGCUGGUAUCAUAUGGUUUUUAUGCAUUAGCGGGCUUUUAUUUUCAAUCUCCUGUCUUGUAACAUAGACAAAAUAUACACUAUAUAUAUGGAAGAGUAUGCUUGAUAGAUAGGAGACUUGUCAUGUCCUAGUAACUAGGUCUGUCGGCUUGCUGUCCA